CUGGCAGCCUGGGUUAUCUGAGCCGCUCGGUCUUGGGUGGCUGAUCCCAGAUCUCCGGGCGGCGGCGGCCAAGGCGAGACGCACUGUCCCGCCGCAGAGAAGCUGGGAAGCCAGGCCCAGGCGGCCGGGAGCAGAGUAUGGAACAGCACGCGGGUCGGGCAGUCCUGAAGUUGAGUUUGCGAGGCGACACGGCGGCGGCGGCCGCGCUGCUCCCGCUCCUCUGCCUCCCCAUGGAUAUGCACUGCAAAGCAGACCCCUUCUCCGCGAUGCACCCAGGGCACGGGGGUGUGAACCAGCUCGGGGGGGUGUUUGUGAACGGCCGGCCCCUACCCGACGUGGUGAGGCAGCGCAUCGUGGAGCUGGCCCACCAGGGUGUGCGGCCUUGUGACAUCUCCCGGCAGCUGCGGGUCAGCCACGGCUGUGUCAGCAAAAUCCUGGGCAGGUACUACGAGACUGGCAGCAUCAAGCCUGGUGUGAUCGGUGGUUCCAAGCCCAAGGUGGCAACGCCCAAAGUGGUGGACAAGAUUGCUGAAUACAAGCGACAGAACCCGACUAUGUUCGCCUGGGAGAUCCGAGACCGGCUCCUGGCUGAGGGCAUCUGCGACAACGACACAGUGCCCAGCGUCUCUUCCAUCAACAGGAUCAUCCGGACCAAAGUUCAGCAACCUUUCCACCCAACGCCGGAUGGGGCAGGGACAGGAGUGACCACCCCUGGCCAUACCAUUGUUCCCAGCACGGCCUCCCCUCCUGUUUCCAGCGCCUCCAAUGACCCAGUGGGAUCCUACUCCAUCAAUGGGAUCCUGGGGAUUCCUCGCUCCAAUGGUGAGAAGAGGAAACGUGAUGAAGUCGAGGUAUACACUGAUCCUGCCCACAUUAGAGGAGGUGGAGGUUUGCAUCUGGUCUGGACUUUAAGAGAUGUGUCUGAGGGCUCGGUCCCCAAUGGAGACUCCCAGAGUGGUGUGGACAGUUUGCGGAAGCACUUGCGUGCUGACACCUUCACCCAGCAGCAGCUGGAGGCUUUGGAUCGAGUCUUUGAGCGUCCUUCCUACCCUGACGUCUUCCAGGCAUCAGAGCACAUCAAAUCAGAACAGGGGAACGAGUACUCCCUCCCAGCCCUGACCCCUGGGCUUGAUGAAGUCAAGUCGAGUCUAUCUGCAUCCACCAACCCCGAGCUGGGCAGCAACGUGUCAGGCACACAGACAUAUCCUGUGGUGACUGGUCGUGACAUGGCGAGCACCACUCUGCCUGGUUAUCCCCCUCACGUGCCCCCCACUGGCCAGGGAAGCUACCCCACCUCCACCCUGGCAGGAAUGGUGCCUGGGAGCGAGUUCUCCGGCAACCCGUACAGCCACCCCCAAUACACCGCCUACAACGAGGCUUGGAGAUUCAGCAACCCUGCCUUACUAAGUUCCCCUUAUUAUUAUAGUGCCGCCCCCCGGGGCUCCGCCCCUGCCGCUGCUGCCGCUGCCUAUGACCGCCACUAGUUACCGCGGGGACCACAUCAAGCUUCAGGCCGACAGCUUCGGCCUCCACAUCGUCCCGGUCUGACCACCCACCCUGGAGGGAGGGAGGACCGUCGCGACGCGAUGCCUCUCGGCUACCAUUCCAACCCCACCCCAAGAUCCCCUCAGCCCUUCACGUCGAAGACCGGACAGGACGAGUGGAGCCGCGGGCGGGACCCUCAGGCCCGGGUCCUCCGCCCCCAACCCCGCCCGCCGCCCCUCCCCGCCUGCCUGGACUGUGCGGCGCCUUGAGGAGGGUCGGGCCCAGCUCGCUUGGGUUUCGCCCAGCGGUCUCAGAGCCGGCCUGCCAUCCCGCAGGUUCUGGCCCGGCCCGCCGCCGCACACGCCGGAUAAAUUUCUGUGACACACAAUCAGCGCGGACUGCAGCGCGGCCCAGCCCCGGAGCAGCCUGUCUCAGACGCUUGGUCGCCGGGAGGCUUGGCUGGAGGGGCUGGGCAAAAGAAAUAAUGAACAAAACGGAUUUUCUGCAAAAGAAGGAAAAACCGCCUGCCGAACCCUGGGAGAAAAUUCCUUACCCCCUGAGCCAGCCGGACUGCCCCCUGCUUUCUGGGUGUGCUUAGCCCUAGAAGGUGGAAAAGGGGGCGUGAGGGGGCUCUAGGAAUGGCGCUUGGGGGCGUCAAGUCUUCCAAGACUGGGAUCCAAGGCAUGCAGCCCCAGCGGCCUGCGCCAACCAAGCCCGACUCUAGGAUGCGCUUCCUCUACCUGGACUGCCUAGUUCCCCAGGGCCCAGGCACCUCCUGCUACGUGACUCGACUCGGCCCCGCCUUGCCCCUACCUCAGCGUCACUUCCAUCUCACAUCCUCCCAAUUUCCCCUCCUGAGGUUCCUUUGCCCAUCCCUCAACGCCCUGAGGUCCCUGGUCCCUAACUUGCCGCCCCGUGGGACGCUCUCCCCGACCCGCCGCGGGACCAGUUUCCAUCGGCAGCGGGCACUGGUCUUCCCGAGCAGUCUCUUGGUGCCCCCCCCCCCGACCCCGACACAGACUCCCAAUCUGCCGGCGGCAGGAGCCGGUUCUGAGCUGAAGUCCGAGCUGCCGCGGAGUGCAAGUGGGGGCUGCCUACUCCCCACCCCGCCCCUAGCCUCCUUUCCCACAAGAACUGAACAGAACCGCAAAAGUCUACAAUUAUUUAAUAUGAUCUUUGCAAAAAGGAACAAAACAAAAAUACCAACAGGCUGCUGCUUUGUAGAAAGAUGGUGUGUGUCGCGUGAAGGCGAACCCCGGUGUAUAUAACCCCUCCCCCUCCGUCCCGCCCCGUAGAGUUCCUGUCGCCCGCCCUGCCUGUAGAUACGCCCCGCUGUCUGUGCUGUGAGAGUCGCCGCUCGCUGGGGGGAGGGGGGACACAGCUACACGCCCACUAAAGCACAGCACGUCCGGGAAGGGGGGCAUUUUUAUGUUACAAAAAAAUUACGAAAGAAAAGAAAUCUCUAUGCAAAAUGACGAACAUGGUCCCGUGGACUCCUCUCGCCUGUUUUGUUGGCUAUUUCUCUGUAAUUCCGUGUUUUCGCUUUCAACCCCAGUGCAUCUCUCCCGUCUCUUCACCACCUUCCUCUCUCUGCUUUUCUCCCCUUGUCUCUGUCUCUGUCCGUCCUUGCCUCGCUUGUCUCCGUCUCUGCCCCUCCCUGGACUCUCUCCCCAGCCCAGCCCCGGCCGUCCUGCCCUCGCAGGCUAGAUCAGAGGUGGCAGCCCCAGUCCCCCCGCUGGCCCCUUGCGGCUGGGCCGGGCCGGACUGAGCCGCCCCGCCCCGCCCUGUAGUGCUCUCUCAGUAGCGGCGUUGCGCCCUGCAUGUCUCCUCACCCGUGGAUCGUGACAACUCGAAAUAACAGAAACAAAAGUCAAUAAAAGUGAAAAUAAAUAAAUAAAUAAAAAUCCUUGAACAAAUCCGAAAAGGCUUGGAGUCCUCGCCCAGAUCUCUCUCCCCUUCGAGCCUUUCUAUUUGAAAGGGAAAGCGAGAAAAGAAAAUAAUUUAAGGGAAUUGCCGGCGCCCAGCCAGGCUCCUGUGGCCCGAGAAGGACGGUGAGGGCGCCCAGGUCCCAACUCCGAGGUCCAGCCCAUCCCAGUCCUUGUGAGGCUGGCCGGGCAGAAGCUCCCGGGACUUAGGACCAGGCUUAAUCUUUGAAAGGUCCCCCGAAGUUCUGGUCUCCUUGGCCACUUUCAAUGCGUCGGUUCUUUUUGAUUCUUUUUUUUUUUUCUUUUUUUUCCCCUUUACUUUCUUUUUUCUUUUUCUUUCUUUCUUUUCUCUCUUUUUUUGUGCACAUGAGAAAUAAAUUAAUAAUAAUAAUAAUAAUAAUAAUAAAAUUUUGUAUGUCAUUCCCCAUGG